AUGGACAAUUUGAUGGACGAACCCGGGAUAUCAGGGCUUCCGCACGCCGAAAUCCAGCAAAAUUAUCGAAUUUUGACGGCUCAGGGUGACGUCCCCCUACUCCCACCAAGCACCGAAACUCGAGUCCCACAAUUUUUACUUGACGAAGACUGGCAUUGGGUUCGGGAAGCGACAAAUGGUGACGUGGUUGCUUGGGAGAAGGAGGUGGUCUUCCACCCGGCGUACGCCUAUGGAACAGCCGGCGUAAGAGGCAGCAAAAAGUUGACUAGGGGUUGUGUAGCCUAUUGGGAGAUCAUUGUUGCUGGGAAAUUGUAUGGAACUUCGGUGAUGUUUGGGAUUGGGACGAAGAGUGUCAAGACCCGUCUCGAGUGGAUGUUCGCCGAUUUGUUGGGCGGUGAUCGAGAAUCGUACGGGUUAAAUCAUCAGGCAAUCGCGCAACACAAUGGACUCAUGGUCAGAGCGGCUAGGCAACCAAUGCCUGAAGACAACUGUAUCGUUGGAAUGUUAUUCAAUGGAACUGACGGAACAUUGUCCUACUUCGUGAACGGGCAAUUCCUCUGUACACCAUUCUCAAAUAUCGACACAACGAAAGAAUACUAUCCGAUGAUCUCCAGCACGGCUCAACAAUCUCGUUUCAUCGUCCAAUCGCAGAAAUCCCUCUAUCCGAUCGAUUCCCUUGAAGUAAUGGCCGUAAAAAGGGUUGGCGGUUUGUUGAUCGAUGAAUCGGCCGAUUCAUUGCCUAUCCCGUUCUUUCAACGGAAAGCCGUUGAAACCCAGCGACAACGGGGAAAUCGCAGAUCAACGAAUGACACCAGUCAUCCCUAUUGGACAGCUCACGGCCUUUUACUACCCGAUCACAUUCAGAAAAUUCUAAUAGAAAUCGAGAAACAACGUGUCUACGAUCCGUCAAUCCCGACACUACGAGUGCAUACA